GAAGACUCCGGAAGUAUUAUGGCUGCUUUCUUGUCUUUAGAUUUGUUGUACCUGGUAAACAGCUACAAAAUGGUCACAGGUUGAGGAAAGUCAUUAUCGGUCCAUCAUGUCCAAAAUGCAGUGCUGAGGACGCUGGUGGCAGCAGCUGCGGACGAGAUAUUUAGCGCAGUCGAGAGGAUGAUAACAGAGACGACGAUGCAGCACACUGCAGAAAUGUCACCUGAGCAUCAGAGGGCAGUUGUACACAAGCAGCUGUCGGUGGUCACUGACGAGAUAUUUAGGAUCCUGGAGGUAAUGAUGGGUGAAUAUGAGGCAGAAGUCUCCAGUUCCCACAAGGAGAGCCAACGUCAACGCCAGCCGCCAGACAUUGCGUUGAAAAUGGAGACAAAUUUACAGAGAACAGAGAGACUCUCUGGGUCAGACUGGGAAAAGGACAGUUCCUCUGAGCAGCAGAAAUGUGAGCAGAGCAGGAGCUCCAGCCAGGUCCAGAAAACAUCAACUCUAUCGCAGAUCACAGACGCGUCUACGGAGACAGACUCUGAUUUAAUUCACGGUAAGCCCUCACAUUUCCACCAAACACAAAGAGCAGAAAAGGGCACCUCAACUGCGAUGGAAACAGACACACGAGUGGAGCAGUGUUGGAUGCCAGCUAGCGAAAAGGAGGUUCUGUCAUCAAAAAAUUCAGAAGCUGGGAGUGAAGAUAAUGAAAGUGAUAAAGUGCUGAAUGAGAAACCCUACAGAUCCCAAAAAAUAAAAACAUUUCUGAGACAAAGUCAGGGUGUGGAUUAUUGUAAAACAUGUGGAAGGUCUUUCAGCAAAGGUGUCGCUGGGAAGAAAAUAAAAACGCAUAUAAGAAAAAUUGCUCCAACAAAUAAGUGCCAAACCACAGGACAGAGGCGUUGCAGAGUAUGUGGAAAGUUUUUCCGGUACAAACGUUCUUUUCUGAAACACAUACUUAAGCACGAAGAGAGCUCAGAUCUGUGUGGAGCCUGUGGGAAACAUCUGGACUCUGACGAGAGCUUAAAGGUGCAUUUACAAACCCACCACGAAGAAAACAGCCACGGGGAGCAAGCAGAUGACAGACAGUCAGAGGCGGAGUGCUCUGACGCCGAGAGUAAAGUGGAUGACAGUGAUGAGGACUGGAAGAACAGUGAAGGAACUGCUAGUGACGAUGGAGACAGCGAUAAAGAUGAGACCAAAGAAGGAACUUUAUGUGGCAAGUGUUUCUGUUACAGAGCAUCUUUUUUGAAGCAUGUGCAAGAAGACGAGACGGAUAAAGAUCUUUGUGGCGUGUGUGGGAAACGUUUUGAGUCUGAGGAGACCUUGAGGCUCCACUUGCAAACUUACGUCAGAACGAAUGACUGUGUAGUUUGUGGCAAACACUUUGACGGCCAUAAACAACUGGAGAUGCACAUGAGAACCCACACGGGAGAGAAGCCGUACAUCUGCACCGUGUGCGGCAAAGCGUUCGCUCAAAAUGGAAAUCUAAUGGGACACAUGAGAGUUCACACGGGGGAGAGGCCGUAUGUUUGCAGCGUGUGCGGUCAGAGCUUUAGCUUUAAAGAAUACAUGAUGUCUCAUAUGAGGAUCCACACCGGGGAGAAGCCGUUUCUGUGUAGCGUCUGCGGAAAAGGAUUCAGACAGAGGGGGACUCUGAAAACGCACAUGAUGAUCCAUACAGGAGAGUCCACGCACCGAUGCGGCAUAUGUGACAAAAAGUUCUACAAGAGCGGAGCGCUGAAGAUCCACAUGAGGUCCCACACAGGAGAGAAGCCAUAUCUGUGCAACGUUUGUGGGAAAAGCUUCACAGCGAGCGGCUCGCUGACCAAACACAUGGGCGCCCACGAAGGGGAGCGGACACACUGCUGCAGCGUCUGCGGCAAAGGAUUCUUGAGGAAAGAAGACCUGAAGAGACACGGUCAGACUCACGGGGACGAGUCCACCCAGCUGACGAGUCUUUAGUGGGUGCUGCCUGUUAAAGGAAUAGUUCAACAUUUUAUUUUUAAGCAAAAAAUACCAAUCAUUAUCAAGCUCCAGCUUUUCAGUUUUGAGCAGUUGCUGUUUUCCUGUCAUGUGAUAGUAAGUUGAUCAUUUUUGGACAGACAAAACAAAACAUUUGAAGACAUCUUCAUGGGCUGUUGGAAAAAGCAUUUCUCGCUAUUUUCUGACAGGGUAUACAGUAUUUAUUGAUGUGUGUGUGUGUGUGUGUCAAAAAAGACCUUUGAAGCUGUCUUCUUUACACGACUGACAAAGACAGCAAACAAAUGUUGAACUAUUCCUUUAAUGAUACAUAAAACUAUUUCAAAACUCAAAGGGAAAACUGCUGAUGCUAGUUUGACAUGUACUUCUUACAUACACACAGUCUCCAGUGUUCCAUUAAUUUAAAUAAAAAAAUAGCCUGAACAUGCCUGAAAACUUUGCUAACUUCAAUUCAAUUUUAUUUAUGUAGCGGCAAAUCACAACAGUUAUCUCACAGCGCUUUUCAUAAAAGAGCAGGUCUAGACCGUACUCUAUGAUGUUA